AUGGCAUCAUCACUACUAUCCCCAGUCUGCUCUCAAAUUUUAUUAAAUCAAAAUAAUAUACAAUCUCAAUAUAUAUCUCCACAAGGUUUGUCUGGUCGUGUUUUACCAGCUGGAACAUUUUCAAACAAAGUUUUAGCUCUAGAAUAUUUAUAUGGACUUCUUUGUCAAAUACCAAAUUUUCCACCACGGCCAUCUACUAUUCGGGCAGUUGAUAUAGUACGUGUCACUUAUGAUAGAAAAUAUUUGAUUACUCAAGCUGAAUUACUAAUUCAUAUAUCUGAUAAUAAACGAUUAACUUUUUUGGCAAGUAUGGCAUUUGAUAAAAAUUAUAAACUAUGUGGCUAUGAUGGACAAUUAAGAAAUCUUGGAUUAACAUAUGAUCCAUCUACAGAUGCAGAACGUCUAGGAGCAAUACAGAUCAUAUGUAAUGUUACACAAACAUUCUGUAAUGGAGCAUUAAAACAAUAUUCAAGUUUCGAUGAUUGUAAACAAUAUUUAACGAAAAAAAUACCUUUUGGUUCACUUGAUAGAGCAGAUCAAGGAAAUGUUGCUUGCCGCACUAUUCAUGCACUUUUUGUUCCUCUGUUACCAUCUCUACAUUGUCCACAUGUUGGUCCAACUGGAGGAGGAGCAUGUACCAAUAAACCAAUUGACUUUUAUUAUAAUCAAUCAAAUUUUCUUGGUUGCGCUUAUAAACAAUACUAA